GGACGGCACCGGGACAGCACCGGGACAGCACCGGGACACGGGGCGACACGGCCAGGGCAGCGCCAUGGGGCCGCACGGCCGGCACCGCCCCUGCCUGCUGCUCCUGCUGCUGCCGCCGCUGCUGCCGCUGCCGCCCGUGCGCGCCGCCGCCGCCGCCGCCGCCGCCGCCCGGCCCAACUUCGUGCUGGUGCUGGCGGACGAUCUGGGCUUCGGGGACCUGGGCAGCUACGGGCACCCCUCGUCCGCCACGCCGCACCUGGACCGGCUGGCGGCCCGCGGGCUGCGCUUCACCGACUUCUACAGCAGCGCCGCCGUCUGCAGCCCGUCCCGGGCCGCGCUGCUGACCGGCCGCCUGCCGGUGCGCUCCGGGAUCUACCCGGGCGUGUUCGAGCCGGGCUCGCGGGGCGGGCUCCCGCUGGCCGAGGUCACGCUGGCCGAGCUGCUCAAGGCUCGGGGCUACGCCACGGCCAUGGUGGGCAAGUGGCACCUGGGCUACGGCAACAACGGCUCCUUCCUGCCCGUGCACCAGGGCUUCGAUGACUUCCUGGGGGUGCCCUACUCCCACGACCAGGGCCCGUGCCAGAACCUGACGUGCUUCCCGCCGGACACCAAGUGCUUCGGGACGUGCGAGCAGGGCGCGGUGGCCGUGCCGCUGCUGCGCGGCCAAGGCAUCGUGCAGCAGCCCCUGUCCCUGCCCGGGCUGGCGCCGCUCUACGGCCGCUUCUGCCGCGACUUCAUCGCCCGCUGCGCCCGCCUGCGCCGGCCCUUCCUGCUCUACUACGCGUCACACCACACGCACUACCCGCAGUUUGCCAGCCGGGAGUUCGCGGGCGCGACGCGCCGGGGGCCCUUCGGGGACGCGCUGGCCGAGUUCGACGGCGCGGUGGGACAGCUGCUGCAGGCCCUGCAGGACAACGGCCUGGAGAACUCCACGCUGGUCUUCGUCACCUCUGACAACGGCCCCUCCACCCUGCGCAUGGCCCGCGGGGGCAGCGCCGGCCACCUCAGGUGUGGCAAGGGCACGACCUACGAGGGGGGCAUGAGGGAGCCCGCCCUGGCAUACUGGCCCGGCAGGAUCGCGCCAGGGGUGACCCACGAGCUGGCCAGCACGCUGGACAUCCUGCCCACGCUGGCCGCGCUGGCCGGCGCUGCCCUGCCCCAGGUGGCCCUGGACGGCUUCGACCUGAGCCCGCUGCUCCUGGGCCAGGCCAAGAGCCCCCGCCGCGCCGUGUUCUUCUUCCCGCCGGCCCCCGACCCCCUGCACGGCCCCUUCGCCGUCCGCCUGGGCAAGUACAAGGCGCACUACUUCACCCAAGGUUCCUUCCACAGCGACACCACCCCGGACCAGGCGUGCCACGGGCUGACCCCGCUGACCCCGCACCUGCCCCCGCUGCUCUUCGACCUGGAGGCGGACCCCGCGGAGAACUACGACCUGCUGCAGGGCCGGCCGGGCCCCGAGGUGCUGCAGGCGCUCAAGGACAUCACCCUGCAGAAGGUGCUGCUGGAGCAGCGCCUGCAGUUCGGGGAGAGCCAGAUCGGGAAGGGCCAGGACCCCGCGCUGCAGCCCUGCUGCGCCCCCAACUGCAGCCCCAAACCGUCCUGCUGCCGCUGCUCCCCGCAGUGACGCCCCAAAGGCGCCCGGCCCCGUCCCAAAUUGACCCGGCUCAGCCUCGGGGCUGCCCCACGGCUCGGGGACCCCUGGGAUUCACGGGGAGCUGCGGUGGAAGAGGAGCAGGGAGACCCCAAAAAAGCGAUGCUCCAUGAUCCGUGUGGGACGUUCCAGGGGAAGCCUUGGGCAGGAUUCUGACCCGUUCCAGGAUCCCUGACCUGUUCCAGGAUCCCUGAUGCAUUCCAGGAUCCUGACAGUUCCAGGAUCCCUGACCUGUUCCAGGAUCCCUGAUGUGUUCCAGGAUCCUGACCCAUUCCAGGAUCCUGGCAGUUCCAGGAUCCCUGACCCAUUCCAGGAUCCCUGACCAGUUCCAGGAUCUCUGACCCAUUCCAGGAUCUCUGAUCCAUUCCAGGAUCCCUGACCUGUUCCAGGAUCCCUGACCCAUUCCAGGAUCCUGAACCAUGCCAGGAUUCCUGACCUGUUCCAGGUUCCUGACCCCUUCCAGGAUCUCUGACCCAUUCCAGGAUCCCUGACCCGUUCCAGGAUUCUGAACCAUUCCAGGAUCCCUGACCCGUUCCAGGAUCCUGAACCAUUCCAGGAUCCCUGACCCGUUCCAGGAUCCCUCAUGCGUUCCAGGAUCCCUGACAGUUCCAGGAUCCCUGACCCAUUCCAGGAUCCCUGACCUGUUCCAGGAUCCUGAACCAUUCCAGGAUCCCUGAACCAUUCCAGGAUCCAUGACCCAUUCCAGGAUCCCUGACCUGUUCCAGGAUCCUGAACCAUUCCAGGAUCCUGACAGUUCCAGGAUCCCUGACCCAUUCCAGGAUCCCUGACCCAUUCCAGGAGGAUCACCACGCUCCAGCACCUCCCCCAGAGCCAGGACAGCUCCUGGGAUCCCUCUGGAGCAGAGGGAACGUCCCGGAUCCAGGGAUCCCAGCUGGCACCGAGGGCACAGCGGGGCGAGUGGCACGGGGGGCUCAGAGACACGAGCUGGUGGCAGAGGGGACAGCCGCGGGUGGCAGCAGCAGCUCAGGGUGGCACCUCCAGCACCUCCCCAGGGCUCCGGGGUGGCAGCUCCAGCUGAGCCCGUUCCCGUCCCUCUCGAGGGCUUUUCCCGGCGCCGGCACAGCUGAGGCUCUGCCGGGGGAGCCUGGCCUGGAGAAGUUUCUCCCUCUCUCCACCUCCCGGCCCAUCCUCCCCUCCCCGGCUGUCCCCCCAAACCAGUCCCAAGCCCGCCCUUCUCCCCCAGAUUGUGCCAGCCUUGUUGUCCCCAGGAGAGCAAAAAUGUGGAUAAGGGGUGUGUGAUUUUGGCCACGGGGAUCAUUUUUUUGCAGCAGCUGGGAGUGGGGCAUGUCCAGGACCCCAGGGCAACGACACUGGCACUGUGCCCCCCUCUCACGUCCAUGGACAAGGGCAUUAUUUCCGGGAUAAAACACGGUGGGGUGUUCUCAGAGGGUUUCCAUGUAAAUCACUGCUUUGUCUUACACCUUUUCUAAUUAGCAUUGCUGCAAAUAAUUGUCUGAUUCCUAAUCUCGUGGCUGUGUGCAGUAAAUUGUUUCUAACCCCUGA